GCUUCUUUUAGUCUAAACGUUGAUCAAGGUGCCUUCAGCUAGCUCCCAAAGUUUGUGCCUGAACAACCCGAGUUUGCAACAGCGCUUGUCUCGUGAAUAAUUAUGACAUCCCACCCCACUGGUAUACCUAAACUGAUACCUCCUUUGCUUCAGCUGAUGCUUUCUUCCAAGCAAGUGUGUACUACAUGUAGUAGCAUACUAGAGUACCGGUUGGUACCGGUACCAGGUAUGACAUGGUUGUGCCACUCCUCGAUGUGGAUAGGGUAGUAGUUGGACAGGCAGACAGACGGUAGUGUUAACCGUCCCCCAUCUUCGCCAAAUGUCCUCAAGGCAAGCGGGCCGGCAGGGGUAACACUCCCAGAGCAGUGCGAGACGAGGCAAUGGCCAACAGCAGCCGCACCACGGACCCCCGACCCAGAGCAUUUUCGGCCAUCGCUGUGCAGUUAACACCUGUUAUACCGGAUCUAUCGGCUACUGCAGUAUCUAGUUAAACUAAGGUGUGGACAUUGUGGACUGAUCGACUGUGCUGUUGUUGGCGGCUGUGUUUCAGACGUGAAGGCUACCCCACUCGACUAAUAGACGACAACAAACUUUCUUGCCGGCACUGUGCUCUAUUGACGCUUCUAGCUACCGGCAGUGCGACUUUACGAAUCAAACAGAACGAUUAGACGAUGAUGGCUACUUCGAAUGGCUCGCCCAGUGAUCCUCCAGGCGAUAUGAUGGCCAAAUUGUCCUUAUCAGAAGACGCGGGUGUCACGAGCAACGCGGGUGCAUCGGCCCGAGAGGUGAACAUCAUGUCAGCAUCCGCGGACGGCCUUAAUGGUGAAGGGAUCGCCCCAUCAGGGUCAUUAGAGGUCCAAUUGCCAUCUGCUAGAAACAGCAACACCGCGAGAUCACCGGCUCAUGCCGAAGAAGCCAGUCAAGCACUGCAGACACUCCAAAAAGCCGCAAGCAGCACCGCAUCAGCCCCCGUUGUGGAAGCUCCUCUGAGGGGAGGACCAAAAAUGGGCAAGUCAGGUAUUCGAAACCCACUAGUAGAGAUGGACCAGCGGCAACCGCAUAAAGUUGAAGCAGGAUCGCAGGGCGCAGAAGAUGAAGAGUUGGUCGACGAAGAAGACGAAGAGGAAAGCUCGGAAGUUUCAGGCUCAGACGAAGACGGUUCCUGGAUUUCAUGGUUUUGCAGUCUGAGAGGGAACGAAUUCUUUUGCGAGGUCGACGAAGACUACAUUCAGGAUGACUUCAACUUGACGGGUCUCAAUGUGCUCGUGCCCUACUAUGACUACGCACUAGAUAUGGUGCUAGAUGUAGAAAUGCCAAUGGAGGACUCGUUGACUGAAGAACAGCAGGAAAUCGUUGAAUCAGCAGCGGAAAUGUUGUAUGGAUUGAUUCAUGCUCGCUACAUUGUUACGAAUCGAGGAAUGCACGCCAUGUACGAAAAGUACCGAACGGCAGCAUUCGGUAGAUGCCCUCAUGUCUUUUGCCAGGGACAACCUGUACUUCCUGUAGGUUUGUCCGAUCUCCCAAGAAACUACACCGUCAACGUAUUCUGUCCUAGAUGCCACGGCCUCUUCUUUCCAAAGAGCACUCGACAAGCAAACAUUGACGGAGCCUACUUUGGAACAACAUUUCCCCAUCUAUAUCUCAUGACUCAUCCGGAUAUGGUCCCGGCAAAACCCACACAAACUUACCAUCCUAGGGUGUACGGAUUCAAGGUCAACCAAGCAAGUUUAUACUAUCGCAAUCGGGAAGAACCCCAACAACAACAGCAACCAGAUGGCUCGCAACGGGAACGACGUCGCUCGUCGAGGUAUCGGCAUGGUAGAAAAUAAACACUCCGCAAGGCACGCACGCAGCAAACACUGAGAUCAUGUUCCAUCCCUCCUUUUUGCCCGCAAGACCGGAUUGAAUUUAAUUUGUCUGGCUUUUCAAGGGCUUGUAGACUGCUAGCUACGGGUGGGUGAAAGACAACAAGGCAGGCUGCAGUGUGCCUGAGGAAAAAUAAAAUACCACGACAAACAUUCUUCUGGCAGAACUUCAGUGCAGGUCGAGACAUUGCCGACAACUAACUGGAGUUUCGUGCUCGAAGUGUGGCAGUAGCGAAGAUUUCAACCACAGCAAGGAGCUGUCGUCGUAGACAUGGAGUAUAUCUAGGUUCGUUGUCGUGCGGCGGCCCUUACCUCUGCUCUCUCGUCGUAUUUGGCUCUGGACACGCCCACCCUAGAUCUAGUAGGCUACUUUGUUGAGCCUCGAACAUGUAUAAUAGACUUGUGAUGUGACAGCUUCCUAGUAGUACAAAUCGAAACAUUCUUCACCUAGCUAUUCACUGUUGCUCCUUCGAUACCUUCCAUCUUGACC